UUCCUCUACAGGUAGAGUAGAUUCCUCUACAGAUAAAGUUAAAUUUGCACUGAAGCCUAUGUUAAAAUCCAGAGCUAAAAGUGUAGUGUAAAGAAGGCUCCACCCCUUUUUUUGGAACAACGCAGUUACGCAGCCAGACCUCAAGAAUCUGCCCUUGAAGUCAGCGCCAGUUUGAAGAGGCUCCAAUAGAAAGGCAAACGGAUCAUGUUGGUCAAAGUCAAGUUCAGAGGCAUCCAGAAAUUCAUUAGCAUUUCCGAAGCCAAGCUCAGUGAACUGCUUGAGUGUGCAUUCCAGAAGUUUGGCAUCUCCCUCAGCCAAUUGCCUAAUGCAAAGCUCUUUGAUGACUCCAAAACUGAGGUUGAUCAUGAGGUGUUUGAAGAAGUGAUCGGUGCAAAUACUGGUGUUUAUGAGCUAUCCAUUGAUGGUGUCUCUGAAGGUUUUGUUUCUGAGGCACCAGCUGUUGGCCAGUCGACACCUGUAAGUCAAGAGGACUCUGAUACUGACUCUAUUGUCAUUGUGAGCGAAGAAAGUCCCCAGGGGAAACAGUCCAGACCAAAUAGAUCUGAUGCCCAUGCUAAAAAUGCCACCACGCCAUGUAAGAGAAAUGUAUGCACGGGGAAUUAUCGAGCUCUUUCCAUACCUGAGGGAUCCCCAAGCAAAACAUGGCUACGAACAUUACUAUGAUUCCCAGAGCGGCCAGGGUUACCUCAGUUGGCGAAUAAAGACAGUCCAGAGAAACAACUCGCACAGGAAAUCACCAAUCUCUAUCAAGACAUUUGAUGGAGGUCCAACAGCACAAAGACAAGUUGCAGGCACCUCACAACACUCUGAUGAAGACUGCGUCAAUGCAAUCUCCCUGAUGAAGCAUAGUGUUGAUGAAGAAACAGUCAAGCAGAAAAUGAGGGGUACCUUUCGGUAUCGAAGGAAUAUGGUUGAAGAUCCUGAAAGAUGUGGCGAUGUCCUGGCAGAAUACCCACGUUUUAAAGAUGUGAAAGGCCUAAUUGAACAGGACUUCGUGGAGCUGUUUGGAGAGGCCACAAGCAACACAUUUAAGGAGAGAUGGCCCACCGCCUUCAAAGACAAAAUCAUCGCCCAAAGUAAGGGACUACACCGCACAGCUGAGCUCCAAGAACUCAUUGAUGUUGCUGAAUCAUCUGACCAUGUCCAUAGUGAUCGUGAAGAUAUGGGAUGGGACAGUGACAUGUCUGGAAUCCUCCUCCUCCUGUAUCUAUUUCCACCUUCAGCACAGGGUCGCAAGCGACCUGGCAAGAUGGCGGCAGCUCAAGCAGAGAAGCUUCUCGUGGUGUUUCAGAAGACAGGAACCAGCAUACAACAGCACCUUGAUUCCAUCGAAGAGAGAAGACAGCCCUAUCUUCUUGCCACCGGUACCAAGAAAAGUCGCAUCCAUGGCUACUACAUCAUACUGGACAAGCAAGCCAUAGCGUGUCAGGCUGUGAGUGCUGUUGGAGCAUUUGAUAAACUUUUUAAAGCUCACUUUGUAUUUGGCACAUCCUAUAACAAUGCGCUGUACAAAAUGUACACUUUCAUUCAGACCACAAUUUUUGAAAUAGACAUAGGGAAGGUUAGAGAGACACCUCGGGUUGCUGAACUCAGAGCAAGAUUGCUCCACUAAAUUAGCUGUUGAGCUCUAUUAAUCUAUAAGCCAGGUGGUCUCUGACAAUAUGUUGUGUAUUCUAUGUAGUCAAUGUUUUGGUGGGGUGAAUCUUCUUGUUAGACACUUGAAGAGUGUUCAUGGUUUAUUGCCUGGGAAAACUCUCUCCCUUAAAUGUGGCCAGGCUGGUUGUUCUCUAGAGUUUGGGUCGUUUUCAGGGUUUAGAAAACAUUUAAAUCGAGUUCACAGUGGACUAAGUUCAGUUCAAAGUAUCACUGAGGGACAGACCGCUGAGGCCAGAAAUGUGUCAAUGUCUUGUGAUGAUGAUAGUGAUUUGUGUUUUAGCGAUGUGGCUACCUCCUCUGUCAAAACUGCUGAUCUUUCAGUGACCAAUAAAAACACCAAGGAUGCUUGUGGAGCUAUUGUAGCUCAACUGCUGUCAGCAGGAGUAGGCCAAAAUACUGUUGAUGGGGUAGUGUCGUCAUUGGAAGAACUUGUAGAACAGAUUCAAAGUCAGGUGAAAGAAACAGCUUUAAAAUGCUUGUCCCCAGAAAAAGAAAUGCAUACUGGAAUUACAAAAGCAUUUAGUGAAAUUGAAAAUCCAUUUACCUCCCUUAAUACAGUCUCUAAACAGAAGUCCUAUUUCAAAGAGACAUGUGAAAUUGUUACUCCUGUAGAGAAAGUACUUGGAGUCAGGUUUGAUAAUAGGAGGAACAAAAAAACUGGUACUUACGACCAAGUGCUCGUCACAGACAAAUUCACUUAUGUUCCUAUUCUACAAACAAUACUGUCCAUUUUCAAAAACCCAAAGACGAGUAGUAUGCUCAAAUCUGGCAGGAGUUCCCCAGAUGGCUUCUAUGUUGAUUUGGAGGAUGGGUUAUACAUAAAGGCACAUCCACUUUUUUCAAGUGAGAGUCAUGCAUUAAAAAUACAGUUGUUCUAUGAUGACUUUGAACCAUGUAAUCCCUUGGGAUCCAAGAAAGGUUCUCAUAAAAUAGGAGCCAUAUACUUAACAUUGAGAAAUUUCCAGCCUAAAUUCAUGUUUGGACAACAUAUAUCUAUGCAUUCUCUUCCACACCCAAGAUAUUAAAACAUAUGGGUUCAAUGCAAUAUUAGAGCCACUUGUAUCGCACCUUAAAGUACUCGAGACUGAGGGAAUUGAAGUUCAAUGCUUUAAUGACCGUUUACGGGGUAGUAUAUUCCAAGUAACGGGGGAUAAUCUUGGAUUGCAUUGCUUGUUUGGAUGUUGAAUCAUUUUCAGCCCAUUACUGCUGUCGAUUUUGCCUGACUGAGAAGGAAAAGUUUCAAACUGUCUUUUUCGAGGAUGACCCCAGUGUGACUUUACGAUCAAAAGAUAUACACCUGCAACAUUGUGAAGCUAUUCAGGCAAACCCAACACUAACUCAUGUGUAUGGUGUUAAGCGUUAUUGUUUACUUGAUGAGCUUAAGUUCUUCAGUGUAUCAGAGAAUUUUUCUGUUGACAUAAUGCACGAUAUAUUAGAAGGAAUAGCCCAAUACGAGAUGAAACUAGUAUUGGAAUAUUUGAAGUCCAACUUCAUUUCACACAGAGAACUUCAAGCUCGGAUAGUCUCAUUCAAUUAUGGCUACACAGAGAGUAAGAACAAGCCACCUGGAGUCAGACUAGAAGAAGGAAAUGAUUUAGGGCUUAAUGCUAUCCAGACAUGGUGUUUUGUCAGAAAUAUGCCCCUUAUAUUUGGGGAUGUUUUGCAGAGAGGUGACAAGUGCUGGCAGCUUCUUUUACUACUUGUGCAAAUAGUCAACAUUGCGUUUUCACCGAUUUUAACAGAAGGUUUGACCAUUUGUUUAAAACAUGUCAUAGCUGAACAUCACAGGCUAUUCAAACCUUUAUUUCCCUCUAAAAGGCUUUUGCCGAAACAUAAUUUUCUAAUUCAUUAUCCACGUUGUAUAAGACUUCUAGGGCCUGUUCUUCACAUGUGGUCAAUGCGUUAUGAGUCUAAGCAUUAUUACUUCAAGAAACAACUGAAAAGUUUUAAAAAUGUAACUAAGACUCUAGCAAUCAAACAUCAAAAUGACCUGGCCUACAAGUUUGGCUUGGCGUCUACCACUAUUAAAAAGGGUCCUGGGAAAAUGGUUGCUUUGUGUGAUGUCAAUGAAGGUGACAAUAUUGCAUUGUAUUUGAAUGUUUCUGUGGAAAUUUCUGUUUUGAAAGUUGGGCACUGAAUAUCGCCCCAAGUUGAUCAUUUGCAGUAGUGUUGACAUUGAUCUUCCUAAGUUUUGUCAAAUCAGAGACAUUAUUAUACAGGAUGAAAAAGUACUUUUGAUCUGUGUAGUUCUACAUAGAGAUUGUUUUGAUGAACAUUUUCAUUCAUUGAAAGUCAGUUUCAAAGAGGUUGAGGAAUGGAAGUUGUCAGUGUAAAUGAACUUGUGUACCAUAAACCGUUUGACUUGCAGAUGACAUGGCACACAGGAUGAUUUCAAAUAUAUUGUGCCGAAUUGUGUCUUCAUUCAGAAGUCAUGUUAACCUCUCCAAUAAAAUCUGAACUGAAGCUGAAAUAUUGAAAA